AAGGAGAAGUCUGCGGAGCUGCUGGGCAUCCGUGGCAGCCUUGAGUGCGCCCAGCUGCAGCUGCAGCAGCAGACGGCGGAGGUGCUGCAGCAGGAGGCGGCCCUGUCCCAGCUGCACACAGAGCUGCACGUGGCGCAGGAGAGGGAGCAGCAGCGCAGCCAAGCCCUGGCGGCCACCAAGAGCCUGGCGCAGGAGCUCAGAGGGCAGCUGGCCUCCUGCCAGGCCAGCCAGAGGGCACUGGGGGAGCAGCUAGAACAGAGAACGCGGGAGGCGACCGGCCUGCAGGCGGAAGUGCAACUGGCCCAGCGCAAGGCAGCGCGCCUGGAGGAAGAGCUUGCGGAGUGCCGGGCGCAGGUGCAGCAGCUGAGAGCUGCGCAGCGGGAGCGGGAGCAGGAGGUCUGCAGCGCUCAAGAGCAGGCGGCUGAACUGGGGGGCCGAGCGGAGCACUGGCAGGAAGAGCACCGGGCGGCUGCACUGGCCCUGGCGGGGAAGGACGAGGAGCUGGUGGUGAUGAAAGUGGAGCUGGCCUCGCUGGAGGAGAAGUGCCACAGCGCAACGGAGGAGAGGGAAGAGCUGCAGCACGAGGUCAACCUCCUCCGGCAGAAAUUCGUUGUCUCCAGCCAGGAGGUGGAAGCCCUGCAGACAGCCCUGGAGACGGCCCGGUCCGACAGCCGCCGGCUGCACCACGAGAGCGAACUGGUGGUGGCCAACGUCAGCCAGUGGGUGAAGGAGCAGAAGCAGGUGAAUGAGAAGCUGGGCCACAAGAUCCGAGACCAGAUCAAGCACAUCGCUCAGCUUACCGGCGAGAAGGACCACCUCCACGGACUGUUGGAGAGACUCCAGCAAGAGAACAAGCGGCUGAAAACGGAAGUGGAUGAGCGGCGUAUUGCGUGUGAGCGCCUCAAGGCUCUCCACAGCAGUGAUCCGGACCCCCGUGCCGUCCCGUGCCCGCCUUGGCCCACGCUGCCAGCAGGCCCCUCUCAGUGUUCGGGCCGGAGACGAAGCGAGGCGUUCGCCACCCAAUGGCACCUGUCCUAGCUCUUCCGUAGCUGCUGACCACCAUUCCUCCCCACCCACAGCAGCAGAGGCCACGUCUGCCUGGCCCAGCUCCAGCAGAGGAUGCCUGGGCCGG